AUGGAUUUAGAUGGUGAACAAGAGGAUGUUUUGCUAGUCUCUCAGAAGAUUUUACAGACUGGUAUUGCUGGCAGCUUAGAAAAAAUCUUCCUUAUGGCUUGGGUCUUUUGGCACAGAAGGAACCUAUUUUUAUAUGGAGUUGUUCAAAGUCCUGCUCUCUCUAUGGAACAUGUUUUACUUCUCUAUAAAGAAUAUGAUGAAUCCCAUAAAUCCUCUUCUCAAGCUCUGGACAUGAAUUAUAAGUGGCACCCUCCUCCAGCUGCAGCUUUAAAAUUAAACACCGAUGGUGCUAUUUUUGCAGACUUAUCUUCUUCAGGCAUUGGUGUGAUCUUAAGAGAUUCUCAAGGCAAAGUUCUACUAUCAACAAGUGGUAGAGAGAUUGUUGUGCAAGAUCCUAUUGAAGUCGAAUUACUUGUCAUUUUGAGGGGUCUGCAGCUAUGCAUUCCAAUGGGUAUAUCAAAGUUAAUUGUGGAAUCAGAUUCUCUUCUAAGUGUUCAAGCAAUUCAAAACAUGAAGGAACCUAUGUCAAUGCAGGGCAACCUAAUAUAUGCUAUCAAGGAUCUAAUGACACUUCUUCCUAAUGUCUCAGUCCAACAUGCUAAUCAAUUGUCAAAUAGAACUGCUGAUGGUUUGGCUAAGCAUGCACGGUUUCAGGAUACUUUAGCAGUUUGGGAGAUCAUAUUCCUGAUCCUAUUGCUCUAA